AUGGUCACCACUUUUUCGUUGGGUUUGCUGGCCCUGUUGCCUUUAAUCGCUCUCUCAGUUCGCGCGGAAAAUGACUGGAAAACGCCUUGUUUGAGCGGUGUUUGUCAAUACUCUCUCAGCGGUAAUAGCUCGGGUACAGUCAAAAUCUGGGGUUCUCCGGAUGCCAUUACCGAUAUCACGCCCGCUGCUGGUUGGGAGAUCCUGGACUGCUCUCCUGAUACUUUGGCUCAGGAUAUCCGACUCGUGUGUCAGGGUGAUGAGGACUCGGAAUCUGGAUGUGCACAUCUUUACCAGACCAUCGGAGCCGAGGGGAAGGUUGUCCGACUUCCGGAGAACUGCGGAAAAAGCGCUUUCGCCCGCAUCUCCAAAGCCUGGGUCUCAGAAGAUCAAUCUAUUCCUGCAAAGGUCGCGAAGCGUCUUGUCAGGAGGGAUGGUGCACCACCUACCGUCAAAGCCUUGCGUCUGGAUACCGACUUCGGUGCAGCCGACAAGUGGCAGAAAGUUGGACCGGUCAACAUCGCUAUUCAAGGAGCCAAUUUCGCUGGCGUCGAUACUGAAGGCAUUAUGAGCACAGUCGGACCUCAACGCCAACGUCGGGCCCGUCUUUCUCGACGUGAUACCAACGAAUUCCUCGAUGGCGUCAUCGGAGCUAUCAAGGAUAAAGCCGGUGACGUCGUAGACACGGCCAAGGAUACAGCCGGUAAAGUUGUAGAUACGGCCAAGGACGCAGCUGGUAAAGUCAUAGAUACGGCCAAGGAUGCAGGUGGUAAAGUCGUGGAUACAGCUGGCAAAGUCGCAGACAAAGCAGGAGAUGUUGCGGACAAGGCCAAAGAUAAAGCGGGGCAGGUUCUGGACAAGGCAAAGAAUGUCAACGUCAACAAGACUAUCGACCUCCCUCCCAUCAGCUUGACCAAAAACGCGAACCUCCUUAACAAGAGAGUUUCCUGCCCACCUCUUGACGCUGGUAUUAGCGUAGACAUCAGCAGCAGUGGCACCGCAAGGGUCAGUCUCGGUGUUGCUGCUCUCGGAAGUCUGGUACCGCCCAAAUUCGAUAGUUUCCAGCUCUUCUCAGGUCUGGAUGCGGAUAUAGAUGGUACUCUAACUAUGACCGCAGACGCAACGGGAACCCUCGAUUCAGGGCGUAUCAAGAUAUUCGAGAUUGGUGUUCCAGGCCUUACGAUCCCUGGCAUCCUCUCCAUCGGUCCCUCUCUCACAAUCAACGCUCAGGCCACAGCUGACCUUGACGUCAACGUGGACAUGACUGUCGGUUUCGUCUAUCAAGUCAACAAAGCUUCGCUCGUCUUCCCUGACAAGGACAAGAAAUCCGGUGGAGAUUUCCAGAUUGGUGAUACCCCCUUGACCCUCUCUGCAGGUGCAAACGCUCAAGUCAACGGACUCGUACAGGCCCAUCUCAUCCCCGAACUCGAUUUUGGAAUUUCAGCCUUGAGCGUCGCCAACGCCCAGGUCUUCCUCAAUGUCGAUGCCAGUGCGACAUUGAACAUGAACGCUGAUGCCUCGGCGGACAAGACUCAAGGUGCCGACGCUACUAAGACCGCCGGCGGAUGUGUUGAUAUGAGCGCUGGGCUGGAUGUCGGUGCUGGCGCAAGAGGAAGCUUGUUCACGAUAUUUAAUGAACAAACUCAGGUAUCGUUAUUUAACAAGCAGUUCCCGCUUUUUAAUAAAUGCUUCGGAGAUCAAGGCAACUCUACUGGAGCUACUGGAGGAGAAACAACCGCGGAGGACGACACGACUGCAGAGGACACGGUCAUCGCCGAGGACGCCACGACUACAGAAGACGAUACCACCGCCGAGGAUGAUCAUACAACUGCAGAAGGAGAUGCAACCGCCGAGGAUGACACUACUGCAGAAGGCGACACAACCGCCGAGGACGACACGACUGCAGAGGACGAGGCCACUGCGGAGGGAGAAACCACCACAGAGGGCGAAACAACCGACGCAGAACCGGAAGCCGCACCUCCCGUUCGUCGUCACUCAAGGAUCAUGGGAAGACAAGCAAAGGAUGAGAAGGCUCCAGCCAAGCCAGCCGACCCCAAAGUACCGGCACCUCCACCUCCUCCUAAAGCACCCAAGACCCCUCCUCCCCCUCCACCCUCUAAAGCACCCAAGACCCCUCCUCCCCCUCCUCCCGCUAAAGCACCCAAGACCCCUGCACCUCCCAAAGCACCAGCCCAAAAGAAACAAGGAGCCGCAUCCCAGGUUCUCCAGUGCCUCAAGAACAGCGUCAAGCCGACUCCCUUGACAUCAGGCAAGAUCAGCAAAUCCAAGAUCAAGGCAGUGUAA